GUAAAACGGAGCUGGCCAAGCAGACAGCCAAGUACAUCCACAAGGACGUCAAAAAGGGUUUCAUCAGACUGGACAUGUCAGAGUUCCAGGAGAGACACGAGGUUGCCAAGUUUAUCGGCUCUCCACCGGGCUACGUGGGCCACGAAGAGGGUGGGCAGCUCACCAAAAAGCUCAGGCAGUGUCCGAAUGCCGUGGUGCUCUUCGACGAGGUGGACAAAGCCCACCCAGAUGUCCUCACCAUCAUGCUGCAGCUGUUUGAUGAGGGCAGGCUGACGGAUGGGAAGGGGAAGACCAUCGACUGCAAGGAUGCCAUCUUCAUCAUGACCUCCAACGUGGCGAGCGAUGAGAUCGCCCAGCACGCGCUGCAGCUCCGACAAGAGGCCAUGGAGAUGAGCAAGAACAGGAUCGCAGAGAACUUAGAGGAUGUCCAGAUGACCGACAAGAUCACCAUCUCCAAGCAGUUCAAGGAGAAGGUUAUUCGCCCCAUCUUGAAGGCUCACUUCAGGCGAGAUGAGUUCCUGGGGAGGAUCAAUGAGAUUGUCUACUUCCUCCCCUUCUGCCACUCGGAGCUCAUCCAGCUCGUCAACAAGGAGCUGAAUUUUUGGGCCAAGAAGGCCAAGGCAAGGCACAACAUCACCCUGCUCUGGGACAGGGAGGUCAUGGACGUGUUGGCUGAUGGCUACAACUUGCACUAUGGUGCCCGGUCUAUCAAACAUGAGGUGGAGCGUCGCGUCGUGAACCAGCUGGCAGCCGCCUACGAGCAGGACCUGCUGCCCAGGGGCUGCACCUUGAGGGUCACAGUGGAGGACUCAGACAAGCAGCUGCUGAAGACCCAGGAUGGUGCUUCCAGCAGUGCAGAGAAGGCCAGGACACCGACGCUGCGGCUGGAGAUCGUGGAGAAGGGCAGCAAGUCCCGAAAGCUGGACAUCCAGGCACCCCUGAACCCCGAGAACAUUUCCUACCUCUUGUAG